AUGAAGCAUCUCUUCGGUGAGGAAGGGGUGCGGAAGUGCGAUAUCCUGGCUAUCCAAGAGCCUGAGAUAUUCAAUUGGAUGGAACCCGAGAUGGGCGUCCAUUCGCAGACACUUGGUGGCCGGUUUCAUACACUUCUCCGGCCUACACCCACAGCCGUCCGCGAGGAAGCAGCACGCACGCAGCCCCGUGUCUGCUUCUUCGUAUCGAAAGGGAUCAACCCGAAAUCGUGGUCGAUCAGACACCACAGCAGAGACGCCAGCACGCUGACCGUGGAAACCGGGGCCGGCCAGCUGCAUGUGCAUAAUAUAUAUCUUCCGGGGAAGUUCAACGACCCAGAGCGUACGCAGGAAGUGAAAGAAGGUCUAGCCGCGCUCUGUGUAGCCCUACGCGGCUACCACAGUGGGCAGCAUGUCGUGGUUGGUGAUUUCAACCUCCACCACCCGCUGUGGUCGACGAUCCAGCAGGCCCAGCUGCCGGACGACGACGCAGACGACCUGAUUCGCAUAAUGGGUGAUUUUGGCCUAGAUCUACUCACAGAGAAAGGCACAGUCACAUUCGAAGGGCCUGUCUAUGGCAAUAUUGUGCCGGCAUCCAAAGAUACUGUCCCCGUACGGAAGAUCCACCCCGGACGCUCAUAUCCCACGUAUACGCCUAACCCAUGGGGGUAA